AUGGAUCCCAAUCCCGUUCCUGGAGCUGUCCCAGCCGCAGCUGGCAUCGACAAAGCUCCCGAGACUGUCGCAACCACCACCGCCACCACCGUCGCGGAUGAGAAGCCCACAGAGACUGUAGCUUCGGAGACGAAGCCAGUCGAAGAGAAGAAGGACGAGGUCGCACCAGUUGCAGAGAUAUCAGCUACUGAGCCUGCCGAGCCCGCCAAACUUGCGGACCCUCCUGUGCUGGCCCCACCGGCCGAUGCGCCAGCUGCACCAGCUGCACCAGCUGCGGCUGAAGCUACCGCCGAUGCGCCCAAGCCGGCUUCCGUCGAGGAAAUUCCCGACAAAGACGGCCCCGUUGCGACGACGGGAACCGAGGAGGCCAAGGUCAUCCCCGCUGAACAGCCUGCGGAGAAGACGGCUGCAACCUCUGCACCCGUCGCCGAGCCCGUCAAGGAAUCCGUCGAAGAGCCUAUCCCGCAACAGAUACUCAAGGCACCCGCGGUUGAGGAAGAGGCAGUCAAGGAACCCAUCAUCGAGAAGCCCGAAGCCGCCAAUGGCGCUGCCACCAAGGAUGUCGAGAUGACCGGUGCCCUCAACGACGCCGAGCCCACCGGCGCUGGAGAGCGCGAGGCCGCGCCGCAGGCCAAGACGAGCAACAAGCGCAAAGCGGACGAGCUAACCGAGACCAAUGGUACCAACGGCACCAACGGUACUAACGGUGUCGAAGCUGUCGAGGCUGCUCCGGAGGAAAAGCCCGCAGAGAAGAAGGCCAAGAGAGGCCCUGGACGACCCCCUUCAAAUGGCGCUGCGAAGCCAGUCAAGGAGAGUCCCAAGAAGGAGAAGGAAUCUUUUGGCCACAAGGUCGCCAGCAAGGUCAAAAAGGUUCUGCACUCUCCCGGUCGAACUGAGCGCAAGACUCGCUCUCAGGGACCCGUCUAA